AUGGCUUCCACGGUUGCCCAGAAGCGCCUGUUUCACGAAUACAAGAACCUCUCCACCAACCCACCAGAGGGCAUCACCGCGGGCCCCGUGUCGGAAGAUGACAUGUUCUACUGGGAAGCCUUGAUCGAGGGCCCUGGAGGCACCCCCUUUGAGGGUGGAGUAUUCGCAGCCGAGCUCAAGUUCCCGAAAGACUACCCUCUCAGCCCACCAACAAUGAAGUUUGUCGGCGGUGGAGUGUGGCAUCCAAACGUCUACCCCAAUGGCACAGUCUGCAUUUCCAUCCUUCACCCACCCGGCGACGACCCGAACCACUACGAACACGCCUCGGAGCGCUGGUCGCCUAUCCAGAGUGUGGAGAAGAUUCUCAUCUCUGUCAUGAGCAUGCUUGCUGAGCCCAAUGAUGAGAGUCCCGCCAAUGUUGAGGCGGCCAAGAUGUGGCGUGAGAGAAGACCCGAAUAUGAAGAAAAGGUCCGGGAUGAGGUGCGGAAGGGACUGGGACUUUAA